GUGAAGCCCAGAGGUGCUGGAACCAAGCCAGACUCUUUUUUAAGCUUUUUUAAAAUUUAAUCAAAUGGGCCGGGUUGGGAACUUGGGACAAUUCAAAUUUCAAAACCCAACGUUCCAGUCCACCAACAUAACGGCUGAAUGAAUUGUUUCCGAACGAAAUUAACGGCAUUUCAAAGGAAACUUUCUCCUCAGUUCUCAUCUCUCUCUCUCUCUCUCUCUCCCCCCCCGCUAAAAGAUUCAAAAGCUUUCCUUUUCCCUUUUUUUUUUGUUCAGUCAAAUAAUCGCCUUUAGUGAUUGCUCUCUUUAUCAAUGGAAGAUCUAUGGAAGGACCCUGUUCUACUCACAGAUGUUUCUUGGCAAAAGCAGAGUUCUGACUCCGCUUCACGGCUAGAACGGAGGAGCUUUGAAGCUACAGAAAUGGCAGAUCAUGAUGGCUUCUGUCUUAACAUGAUCGACGAUGUUUAUUGGGAAAAACAAAACUCAGAAACACUUGAGACUGGAAUUUCCAGCGACAGGCAUCCUUUUGAAGCUAUUGACGGUCGCUCACUGUUGGGAUUUUCACUGACAUCUCCGGAUUUGGUUAUCUGUGCUGGCUCGCCAGAUAUACCCAGCAACGUUGGAUUCAAUGAGACACCAAAACACCUAAAAACCGCAGGCCGGGGGAAUACUAGAGCCUUCAUUGAACUUUCUCUUGAGGAAGGUAUUCACGGGUCUGAAACUAAGGGGGUUCAAGGGAACCAAGCUACAACGUCAGCUUUGUUUCCAGAGGUGCAAACCUCAGUAGGAGACGUGUUUGAUGACACACCAGAACACCUAAAGAAUGCAAACCGGAGGAAUAUGAGAACCUCCAUGGAGCUCUCUCUAGGAGAUGGCAUUAAUGGGUCAGAAACUGAGGGGGUUCAAGAGAACCAAGCUACAAUGUCAGAUUUAUUUCCAGAGGUGCAAACCUCAGAAGGAGACGUGCUUGCUGAAGCUUCCCUCGAGCUUCCAGUGUCAUCCACAGCCCAAGACAACAGUUCCAUUCCGGUGCUAAGCAUAAAUGCAGGAGGAAUAGACCAGACUGUUACUUCUGCUGGGGUUGACUUCCUAGAGGACAGUUUUUUCACAGGCGGAGAUGUUAUUAGAACAGAAAGGAAAAUCGCAGAAGACGAUGAAUUUCUUUCACUGUACCAAACUGCUCGAUUUGGGAACUUCUCGUACAACUUUCAAAUGCUGGAUGUUGGGAAUUAUCUUGUCGACCUGCAUUUUGCAGAGAUCAUAUUCACAGAUGGCCCACCAGGGAUGAGAAUAUUCGAUGUCUUUAUACAGGAAGAGAAGGUUCUCUCUUUUAUAGACAUUUAUGCUCAGGUGGGUGCAUGUAAGCCUCUGGUUGUAUCUGAUCUUAAAGCUUUUGUUAGUGGCAAAGAGGGUUUAUCUAUUAGAUUUGAAGGAGUAAUAGGAAGUGCAACUGUGUGCGGCAUUUCAAUAAGGAAAGAUCCUUUGGCAGGCUUCAGAAAUGCAGAGUUUCUCAAAGAUAAAGAAGUUUUUCCAACGGAAGAGUGUAAACUACUGGAGGGUGAAUGUAACAGUUGUAACUGUGAAGCUCAAGGAGAGAUGUGGAAGCUGAGAAGGGAUUAUGAGUUGAAAAAUAAGGAGCUAAUGGAUACAAAACAAGCUUUGAAGGAGUCCAAAUGGGAAUAUGAACUCAAGAGCAAAGAAUGCCAAGAAGCUUGGUUGUCUCUUCAGGAGCUCCAAAAUGAGCUUAUGCGCAAGUCCAUGCAUGUUGGAUCUUUAGCUUUUGCUAUUGAAGGGCAAGUGAAAGAGAAGAGCCGGUGGUUCUCAGCCCUCAGAGAGUUGACCAAGAAAUUUAAGAUCCUGAAAAUAGAGCAUAUCAAGCUAUCAGAGGAAGCAUUGGAAUAUAAAAAGUGCCUAGCAGAUAUGACCCAAAUGACCAGCACUGUUCAAUUUGCAAUGAGUCAACACAUGGAUUUGGAAAGGGAACACCGGGAUUUGAAGUGUAAAUUCAUUGAAGGGACCAAGGAACGGAAGGAGCUUUACAACAAGGUCCUAGAAGUAAAAGGGAAUAUAAGAGUCUUCUGCAGAUGCAGGCCUCUGAGCACAGAAGAAAUUGCUACAGGAGCAUCAAUGACAAUUGAUUUUGAAUCAGCUAAAGAUGGUGAACUUACAGUCAAGGUGAAUGGUGUAGCCAAGAAGGUCUUCAAGUUUGACUCUGUCUUCAGCCCACAAGCAGGACAAGCUGAUGUAUUUGAAGAAACAGCCCCCUUGGCAACAUCAGUCUUGGAUGGAUACAAUGUCUGCAUAUUUGCUUAUGGUCAGACAGGAACUGGGAAAACAUUUACAAUGGAGGGAACAGAAGAAGCACGUGGAGUCAACUACAGGACCCUUGAAGAGUUGUUUCGCAUUAUAAAGGAUCGGCAGGCACUAUUCCAAUAUGAAGUUUCUGUAAGUGUCUUAGAGGUCUAUAAUGAGCAAAUACGAGAUUUGCUUGUGCCUGGACCUCAGCCAGGAAUAGCAGCAAAGAGGCUUGAAAUAAGGCAAGUUGCAGAAGGCAUCCAUCAUGUUCCAGGACUUGUUGAAGCCAAUGUAAACAACAUGAACGAAGUUUGGGAAGUUCUAAAGACAGGCAGCAAUGCUCGGGCUGUUGGCUCAACUAAUUCAAAUGAGCACAGCAGCCGAUCACACUGCAUUCAUUGUGUGAUGGUGAAGGGGGAGAACCUGAUGAAUGGAGAAUGCACAAGAAGCAAAUUGUGGCUUGUUGAUCUAGCUGGAAGUGAAAGAAUAGCUAAGGCGGAUGUUCAAGGAGACCGCCUAAAGGAGACUCAAAACAUCAAUAGAUCUCUUUCCGCACUUGGAGAUGUGAUAUCUGCACUUGCAACCAAAAGCCCACAUAUACCUUUCAGGAACUCCAAGCUAACCCACUUGCUUCAAGACUCUCUAGGAGGAGAUUCAAAGACACUAAUGUUUGUACAGAUAAGUCCUAAUGAGAAUGACCUCAGUGAGACUCUCUGCUCACUUAACUUUGCAAGUAGAGUAAGAGGAGUAGAAUUGGGUCCAGCCAAGAAGCAAUUAGACAGCAGUGAGCUUUCAAAAUACAAACAAAUGGUCGAAAAGGCAAAACAAGAAAUGAAGAGCAAAGAAGGGUACAUAAAGAAGAUGGAGGAGACCAUUCAUAGUCUGGACUUGAAGAUGAAAACAAGAGAUCUAAACAACAAGAGUCUGCAAGAAAAGGUGAAAGAAUUGGAAUCCCAACUUUUAGUGGAAAGAAGAUUGGCGAGACAACAUGUGGAUACUAAAAUAGCAGAGCAGCAACAACAACAGCAAGGAGACCACCACCUUGGCUUGGUGAAGCCCCUACUGGCAACCCGACCAUUCAACCAGAAGAAUGUGAAUGAGCUUCCAUCUUUUGCAUUUGGAAAAGAUGGAACAAAUCUCAUAAAACCACUAAUAGAGAACAACAAUAUUAAACCCCAAACAUCUCCUUUAACUGAUACAUUUCUCAAGUACAACAGUAUGUCAGACAAAGAAAACAAACCUGAGAUAUCUGAGCAACUGCUAUUACCGCGAAGGACUGGGAGAGCCUCCUUGUGCCCAACUGCACAAAAGAUUCCAGUGGUCUCUACUCCAAGACGCAAUUCACUAAUUCCAUUACCCACUGGACAAAACUUGGCCUCAUUGCCACCAUCAUUACUACCAGUUCCACCACCCCAAGUUGAAACCAUCAAGGAAACGGAAGCAUGUGAAGGUGACUGCUUGGAACAGACACCACAUAGUCCCAAACCACAGAAGAAAGGUAGUGGCACUAAGAAGCUAAGCAGCAUAUUGAGACGAAGUGUUCAGAAGAAGAUUUACAUAAAAUCCCCUCUGCAGCAGCAUAUCAGAAGGGCUGGAGUAAAUGGAGGAAUGGAGAAAUUGCGAGUAUCAAUUGGAGGUAGGGGAAGGAUGGCACAUAGAGUGUUGCUUAGCAAUGUUCCCAGGGGUCCUAAGGAAGUGCAGCAGAAGCAGAACCAGAAAGAAAAGGAGAGAGGGUGGAAUCUAGGGACAACUGGAAGAACUGUUCUAUAAUUUUUCUUCCUUGUACACUUGGGUGGAGUAAACUUAUUUUUACACAGUGCCUUGAAGGCUUGACCUAUAAAUUCUUGUAAUUAAGCAGUUCUUAGAUUUAUUUUGUAUAGAUUUCUAUUUUGCAUUAUAGAAAUAUAAGGCUUGGAGUUUACAUCAAACUGGGUAAUUGAUAAUAGCUGAAUGCUUUAUAUUUCCCUACCUAGAAUGUUAACUAGCUUCCAAUACCAAAGAAAAGAGGCUGAAGAAUGUUUUUCCUAUCAAUAUUAAUUCCUUUUCAGUUCCCAAUAUCUGGGAUAA